CUACUGCUUUGGGGCAGCGCUUGACGUCAAGGGGUUUGUGAAGAAUAAGCAGUCAAGACAGCGAGCGGUGCAGUUGCAUAGCCUCCCUUUUCCGCACUCACAAGCGAACAGGAAUCAGUUCAGUUUCGGAAAGCCCCAAUGCCUGGUCCCACCCAAGCACUGUCCCCAAAUGGAGAGAAUAACAACGACAUCAUGCCGGACAACGGAACCAACAUCAUCCCCUAUAGAAAGAAUACAGUGCGAGGGGAACGCGCUUACAGCUGGGGGAUGGCUGUCAACGUGUAUUCUACCUCAAUCACCCAGGAGACUAUGAGCAGACAUGACAUCACUGCCUGGGUGAACGACAUUCUCUGUCUAAACUACACUAAAGUGGAGCAGCUGUCCUCAGGAGCAGCCUAUUGCCAGUUCAUGGACAUGCUGUUUCCUGGCUGCAUCAGCCUGAAGAAGGUCAAGUUUCAGGCCAAGCUGGAGCACGAGUACAUUCACAACUUCAAGCUGCUGCAGGCCUCCUUCAAGAGGAUGAAUGUGGACAAGAUUAUUCCUGUGGAGAAGCUGGUCAAAGGCCGGUUCCAGGAUAACCUUGACUUCAUCCAGUGGUUCAAGAAGUUCUUUGACGCUAACUAUGACGGCAAGGAGUACAAUCCGGUUCAGGCCAGGCAGGGGCAAGACGCCAUUCCACCACCGGACCCCGGCGAACAGAUCUUCAACCUGCCCAAGAAGUCCCACCACGCAGCCAGCUCCCCCACAGCAGGUGCAACCAAAUCAAGUUCAGCCUCUAAACCCUCAACACCAUCAUCUAGACCCUCGUCAGCUAAAAAGAUACCCACACCAUCAGCCCCUGCUAAGGGGGAGAAGGAGCUGGAAGCACAGGUCACUCAGCUAAACGAACAGGUGAACACAUUAAAGCUGGCGUUGGAAGGCGUGGAGAAGGAGAGGGACUUCUACUUCGGGAAGCUGCGGGAGAUCGAGCUGUUGUGUCAGGAGCAGGGCCAGGAGUGCGCCCAGUUUGUGGAGCGGCUAAUGGAGGUGCUCUACUCCACAGAAGAACAGGAGGGAGCGGGCGAGCCGGGCGAGGAUCCGGACCAGCAGGCCUUGCAGGAGGAGGCCCAGCAGCAGGAGGAGUACUGAACACCACGCAUCGCCCGUCACACGCCCCGCCCCUUUGUUUUUGUGGGAACUGUUUUUAAGCUUUAUUUUUUUUUCCAUUAUUUUGUUUCAUUGUUUUGUUUUUUUAAAAUGUCCUGAGGAUUGAGCGCACAAAGCGUCCUGUUUCGGCCCCCCACGGUUCAACAUGUGCUUUUGUGACAGUUGGUGAAGUCCUGCGUCCAGUUCUCCUGGUUUAAAACCCAGAAGCGUCCAGCAGCUCUGGCCACCGCUGAAUGUUCCCAGGACGGUGUGGGCAAAGCACUCCGGUGUGGAGAAGACUAAUUCAGAGCUCAGGUAUGAUGAUGAUAUGUUGCAUUUUAGGACAGAUAGAAACUAUCGGUCACCAGUGUGAACGCUACCUGCUUCUUUCCAAUCCAUUACUGUACGCUUUGAAGUUUACUUGUUUUGUCAUCAUUUUUACAUAUCAGUUCUAUUAAUUGUGAUAAAAUGCAAUAAGCAUAACCCUGAAAAGCUAGUCUUAGUUCCUUUUUACUUCCCACCCCACUGCCGCCGUAAACAUUUUAACUUAUACUCUGAAGAAAAACCAAUUAGUUCUCAUCAUACAAAACAUUUGUGCAUACAGAAUGUUGUGAAUGGAAAAAAAGUACAUUUGAUCAGUGAAUUUGUUUCCACAUGAAGGGAUGAAGGCUUGGGAAAAAAUUACUGCAGUAAGUGUCUAUGAAUCAGGAACACAAGUUAGUAAGUUUGUAAAAACCCAUUUAUUUUUCUGUGACUGUCAUUGAAAAUUCCAAGGAAUUGAAAAAAAAAAUCAGUGAAUUCAUGUGUAAAAUAUAUGCGUGUAUGUCAUUUUUAAGCCACAGGUUUAGAAGUUGUUACCAGUCAGUUCACUGGGAAUUUGACAUAAUACAGUAUUCCAGUACAUUGUAUUACUUCUUUUCUUGAUUAUGCAUUUACUAUUAACUAAACUCAAUAGCUCACCGUAAUGCUUUUGUUAUAUAUUAUGUGUAAAAUGAAAAGGAAUGUAAACAAAUGUACUGUUUAUAGUUAUAAAUAGCGAAAAAGAAAAAAGUAUUGGGGAUUCCUUAGACAUGUCUUAUUGUCUCACUCAUUACGCGGUCCCCACAAUUCGUUGCAUGUUAGCAUUGGUAUUUUUUUUUGUCUUCGAUUAUGUGAAUAACUUGACCUGCUUUUAUCUUUUUACAUAUUUAAUAAAAACUAUGUUAAGUGAGCUGUGUUUUGUACGUUUAACCUGCCAUUUCAAAGCUGAGGACAUUUGGAUGGAUUUGCUAUAAUAAAAACCUACACCUUUGAUUCAAGA